UCACUUUAAUCCAAUUUUCAAUGAUUCGUACACGGAAUAUUUAUCCAGAAUUUAUACACGGGAUUUAUUCAUUUUCCAGGAUGAUUACUUAAUUAAAUCGGCCGCUUGUAUUUUUUGCCGGUUUAAAUUCAUUAAUAAUCAGCCAUUUAUUUUGCAGCUUAUUUUAAUAUUAUUAAUCGGCCGCUUAUGUUUUUUUGCGGCUUAUAUUAAUUAUUAUUCGGCCGCUUGUAUUAAUUGAUAUUUAUUGAUUUUAUUAUGGCGCUAAUCAGCGCCGUCGACGCCCGUUACCUCCUAAUGUUCCUGUUAAAUAUACCAAAAUCCCGCUGCACAUACCCGGCACCCAGCUACCCCUCCCAGUAUUCCCAGUACGGCGGCGCCCCGCCCCCUUCCAACAGCGGCUUCCCGAGUUACUACUACAGCUUCAACGCUCCGCAGUGGGAAUACCGCUCCCUGCCCGACCCGGCGCUGAGCUACGCCAACCAGAACUACCCGCCGCCCUUGGCGCUGUACACCGGGGCGUCUAAUCAAGCCUACUCCGCCGCCUCCACGGCGCUGAACGCCCAGCGUCCGGGAUACACCGUCCCGGCGUCCACGGCGGUGCUGCCACCGCCCCCGGGCCCCUAUUACCCGCUGUCCCCGGCCGCGGCUAGUCGGUACCUCCUCCCGGGACCACCGCUGCCCGAACCGCCGGCGUACCCCGCGGGACCCCCGCCGUAUCCCGUUCCCGAGGCGGACUACGCGUAUCCCCGGGCGUCCCCCGGAAGUGGCGAUAUGGUGGGAGCCGCUUCCGGGACUUCCGGUUGGGCGUCGACCCCCUCCAACGCCGGCUCGACCGAUAUCCUCUUCGACACGAUGGCCGCCGAGCCCAACCCGGAGCAGGCGUCGAUGGGGGAGCUGUUUUCGCGGCUGCACUGGAAAGCCCCGACGGCCAGCGUCCCCAGUCGCCCGGGGCGCAAGCGACCCUCCGCCUGGCUCUCCGACGCCCUGACCACGACGGAGGAGCCGAUCGCGGCGUCCCCCGACCCGGAGACAACGACCACCGAAGCCUCUGUGGACGCGGUGACCACCGAGGAGACCUCCAACACCUCCGUCCCGACCUCCGGGAUCCCCAUCAUCGAGCUCCCCACUCUGGCGACCCAGCUGACCAAAUUUGAGACCGCCCUGCGCAACAGCAGCGUCCCGCGCAGCCUGGUCCAGAAACUGCACACCUUCCGCGUGGCCUUCACCGCGCGUCCGCAACUCUCCCCGACCAACGUCCGGAACCUCUCCGGAAUCCUGGACGCCAUCCUGUUAGUCGGGGGUCUCCCGCCGUCGCUUUCCCAAGCCACGAAUAACCUCAAAAGCGGGCUGGACGCCUAUUCGAGCUUCUCCAAGACCUCCGCCGUCGAUCCCCUGUGGCAGAGCCUCCUGCAGUCGGCGUUGAAUAUGAACCUGGCGGAGAUGCCGCCGGCCAGUAUGAGCUUCGCCAUGGCGCUGGUCCAGAGCAUCCUGGCACGGAUUGUCGACUGCCGGAGCAAUCCGGGACAGUGCGACUUCGUCGGGAGCGGGGCGACGGCGGCGGCGGUGGUCGCCGGCCGCCGGAGGGCGGGAUCGGGGGUGGCACCGGGGAAAAUCAAGGUGUGGGGACUGCGAAAGAGCGCCGAGGCGCUGGAUAGCGCGGUGACGCCGGAAGAGGGCGUGACGGCCGCGGAACAGCCGCAGCCGGUGGUGGUGCGGAAAAACGACGCCGUGGUCAGUACCGCCGGGGCGGCUGGCACGGCGACAGGCGGGCAAAACGGGCGGAAUGUGGUUAUUGUCAUGUAG